CCACGUCACCUCCUCUGAAACAACUUUCCUCUCAGGCCGCUAGAGAAGAAGUUUAUGAGUGGACUCAGCUGACAUCUUAUUUAUGUAUCUACACGCGUGUAGAUAACGAGCAACCGAGCAGCCGGACAGACUCGGGGUCGCCUGCUCAGCUGUUAGCUCCUUCGUUAGCUUCUUAAACGCGUCUUUUCGUGUUCUUUUUGAGCUCGCGCGGCGCGUUCGCUUUUCGUGGCUGCGCAGCUCUGCCCUGUCCCCCGAGGACGCGCGAGGCCCGUCAGGAGUUUUUAGCACAGUUUUGUUUUCGGGACGAACGACAAACAACAUGAAUAUCUUUCGUCUGGCGGGUGACGUGUCACACCUGGUGGCCAUCAUCAUCCUGCUGCUGAAGAUAUGGAGGUCCAAAUCCUGCGCUGGUAUCUCUGGGAAGUCCCAGGUGCUGUUUGCACUCGUCUUCACCACCAGAUACCUUGACUUGUUCACGGUCUUCAUCUCUGCUUACAACUCGGUCAUGAAGGUGGUGUUCCUGGCUCUCUCCUAUGCUACCGUUUACCUGAUCUACAUGCGCUUUAGGAACACGUACGACUCGGAAAACGACACCUUCCGCGUGGAGUUCCUGCUGGUGCCAGUCAUCGGGCUGUCCUUCCUGGAGAACUACGCUUUAACCCCAAUGGAGGUCCUGUGGACCUUCUCCAUCUUCCUGGAGGCGGUGGCCAUAAUGCCGCAGCUCUUCAUGAUCACCAAGACCGGUGAGGCAGAGUCCAUCACCACCCACUACCUGUUCUUCCUCGGCCUCUACCGAGCCCUCUACAUAGCCAACUGGGUGUGGCGUUACCACACGGAGGGCUUCUUCGACCAGAUCGCCGUGGUGUCCGGCGUCGUGCAGACCAUUUUCUACUGCGAUUUCUUCUACCUUUACGUCACAAGGGUGCUUCGAGGAAGAGGAAAGAUAAGCCUGCCGAUGCCUGUUUAAAGCAGACGCCUGUGCCGUUCAGCCACCCGCCGGUGCCUGCUGCAGUUCAGUUCGCCCUUCAACUGUAUAUGCAUUUACAAUGGGACUAAUGGUCGGACAUCAUUCUGUAGACCAAAAUGAGUGCACCUGUAGAAAAUUAUUUUCUGUCUGAUUGGUACUUUGUGUGUGAGUCUGUAGGUGUAUGUGCAUUCAUAUUUCGGUGUGCUUGGUCUUUUUUUUUUUUUUUUUCUUCAUAAGAUGUAAAUGUGACACUGGAUUAGUGUCCCUGAUGUGCACAUGGAACUUAAAUUCAGGCAAGUGAGUAACACUACGGAAACUGCGUAUUUGUCUUUACCCUCACUCUUCGGUUCUGAGAGAGACUGUUAGGAUGUCAGAUCCACAAAAGUAAAAAUGAGGUUUGGCUGUAGCCUUUAUGCACGGCACUUAGAGGCAGCUUAGCUUCAGUUUCCACACCGAGACAGAGCCAGGGUGUCUUGUGUUCCAGCUGUAGCAGUGCCCACAGUGGCACGUCGACGGUUCCCACAUUCCACCCCAUCACCACCACAUGUUCGACGGUCUGUCCUGAUCAUUUGCAGUUAUGACAAAUAUUGUAGUGUUUGUUAAUUUGUACUCUGUAAUCUCCCACAAAUGUUCUCCCCCUUUCUUUCUAUUACACUCCCUGAAUAGUAUGAUGUGCCAUCACUAUCUUUCCUUAAGUAUGUUUUUUUAUAUUUCAAUGUAUUUCUUCAUGGGAGAAAAAAGGGCUAAACAUUUUGUCGUGUCUUAAAUGAAGCCAAAGAUGGAACAGAUGUCUGCUGCAGUGUUUGAGUUAAACAUUUCUGUCUCUUCUGAGUCACUUCCUCAACCACAGUGUCUUGUUGCAUCUGGGAUAAAAAUGGGGAAAUGACGUCAGUGUGUGUUGCAUUUCAGUAAAAGAAAGACACAGUGUUUUUGACACUCACACAUGUUUUAGGUGCAGUGAGCUGAGUUGUACACCAUUUUUCUGACAUGACAUUUAUUAUAACGUGAAAUCUC